AUGCCCGCCACCAGACCGAGCCACAGAUCUGCGAGACAUACGCCACUAGGCAGCUCCAGCGGGCGGUCCGACGAUGAGAUCAUCUCGCUGAGCUCGGACGACGGGCUCGUCUUCAAACACAAACCCAAGAAGACCACGAAGAAGAAUAGCAAGCCGCCAGCGAACGUGGAGAUAGUCGAGAUCAGCGAUGACGAAGAUGACACCCCGCCAGCGCAUAACGAUGUGAACAGCAGGCUUCAGCGUCAGAUUCAGGAGCUCAAGCAGGAGAACAGCAGGCUGAAGCACGACUGCGCUAGAUCAGCUAAGGAGCUGUCGGUCGUCCGAAAAGAGCUUCAAGCAGCCGAGAAGGGCAAGUCCAAAGCGGCGAUGGAUCCCGAAAUGGACGACCUCCUCUCCUGCGAAAUAUGCACCAUGCGCGUGUGGACUCCCGUCCUUAUCCCCAGCUGCGGCCACACCUUCUGCAAGAACUGCCUCCUCGACUGGUUCAACCAAACGUAUACCCAACACCUCGCGUCCAAUCCUGGCUACAACCCCAUUCGCGCCCAAGCCACCCUCCCUCGCAACGUCGAGUUCCUGCUCGGUUCCAUCUCCCCGAACGACCUGCAGCGCGUGAAGCAAUUACUCGCCGUGUACGCGCAGCCAGCGCCGAAAUUCACCUGCCCGUCGUGUCGGCAAGCAGUCACUACCCGACCGACGGAGGUGUACCAGCUGAAGAAGGUCGUACACAAGAUAGCGGGGGAGAAUGGGGAGAAGGAGCCUGCAUCGGCACCUCAGCCCGUGGGGAGAUUGCGGCGGGGAGUUGGUUUAGGACGGACGGACGACCCAUGGGCGAAGUUCUUCCCGAAUUGA